CCUCGUUUUCAUAUGUGACCUCACGGGAUUCUGCUAGCAUGACAGGAGAACGGAUUGCCGAGCCACCCAGACUCAACCUGGAGAAAAGUGUUACCCUCUUCAAACUAUUAUGUGAAGGCACACCUGGUGACAUUCAGAAUGCAGACAUUGGCUUUGAAUUUCAAAUAAAAACCCAUGGAGGAGACUGUGGUUGUAAUAGGGAUUUGGAAUACCAGUGGCAUGACAAAUUUGACAUGGAGGAAGUUCUCCGAGUAGGUACCUGCCUUUGUAAUAACAACACAGCAAUGGAAACAUCUUCAGAAUUUGACGAGGAUUGCUUUUACCCCUCAGCAAAUUGUUGUGCAAGUUUCUUUCCUCUUCAUGUAGCAACAGGUUCAAACAAACCUCUGAUGGUGAAAUGGCUGAUUGACCGCGGUGCGGAUGUAAACUGUAGAACUGCUGCAUGGCAAAUGACACCAUUACACAUCUGUGCCACACAUGGUCACGUUGACUGUGCCAGGGUGCUUCUUGAAGCAGGUGCGGACUUGAACAUCCUGAACAAGUCAUUACACACUGCUAGUUCAUGGGCCGUUUUCAACAAACAGCUUGGUGUGCUGCAGGUGCUCUUAGAAAAGUUUUGUGCUCAAGACCCUGUUGGUAACUCACCUGGACCUAAGGAUUUGGUCCACAUGUGCCUUGAUUUGUUUAUGACUGACUCUUUUGAAGAGGCAUUACAGAUGGUCAUCAAAGCAGGUAUAAAUGUAAAUGUUCAGACUAAUGGUAGAACGCCACUACUGCGGGCAAUAGAAGAGAACAGUCUAAGGGGUGUGGAGUUAUUGUUACAAAGCCCAACAAUCGAUGUCAAUGUUGCAGGGUUUCAUGGACAGAUCACUCCUCUGUGUGCAGCCAUAGAGAUGUCCCACGCUAAUAUAAAGAUUAUAAGCAUGCUUUUGGAAGCCGGGGCUGAUCCUAACUUGUGUUCAGAGGGAGAUAAUACACCUGUUAUGAUUGCAUCAGUGGAAAACAAACCUGACGUUGUCAAACUAUUGAUUGACCAUGGAGGUGAUGUGAACCUGGUGAAUAACAUGGGCUACCAGGCCUUGCACUGGGCUGCCUGGGACAACCAUGUAGGAGUUAUGAAAGAACUCCUGUCUGCUGGAGCUAAACCUGAUUGUCAGACCAGUGACAAGAACACACCCCUUUCUCUUGCAACACACGGUGAUGCCAUGGCUGCAUUUAACUUGCUUCUACCUCUGGGUUGUAAUGUCAAUAAUAAAGACAAGGAUUUGGACACUGCUUUGCAUUAUGCUGCGUACAAUGGCAACUUAGAGAUGGUUCAGAGUCUGAUUAAACAUGGUGCAGAUCCCGAGAUGUUAAAUAAUGUGGCUGCCACUCCUCUGUGGAAUGCUGUUUAUCAAAACCACUGGAAUGUGUUUCAGUAUCUCCUCAAAUUAAAUGUCCCUCUGGAUGUGCCAAGUAGGGGUAUAGACCAGCAUGCACAAUCAUCUGAUGUUGUUUAUAUUUACCCUCAACCUGUGACACCAUUUUAUGUGGCCCUUGAAACUGGCUUUUUUCCCAUGGCACAAUGUCUAGCUGUGGCAGGGUACAACAUUACAAAGGAAUAUUGUAUACAAACUGGAGAUGUCCCAGAUGCUUUAUUGCACUCUCCUGAAAUGAUGAACUGGCUAGAUCAGGCCAUCUGUGAGCCCCCAAGUCUCAUGUCACUGUGUAGGUAUCAGAUUCGCCAGGGACUUGGAAGAGAAGUCAAGGAGAAGGUACAACAGCUAGAGAUACCAGUGGAACUUAAGCAUCAUUUGUUGCUUACUGAUUUAACCAGCAUUCAACUUGAUUCUCCAUUCACACUUUUGAAGUUGUGAAUUAUUUUGAACAUUUGAUG